AUGCCUCACAGGACACGGCCAUUGAUGGGACUGUUGCUUUUCACAGGAAUAAACGCCGUUCUGGUUCAGACCAUUACUCCAGUUUAUGACUUUGUCUGUUUCUUGCCUUAUUGGGAGAGAAAGAGAGAACGAAUCAGGCAGGAGCUUCAAGCAGCUUCAUUCUCAGUGGGCAAAAACUCAACACAUAAAGCUACUACUCGAGCAUGA